GAAACAUGUGAUUGGUGAAGUUGUGUUGACAAAUCAAGUACGGAGUACGGAGAUAAAGAGUGAGUUCCAAGACACGUGAGGGUGUCCUGCCGCCGUGGACCGACUCAAGGGGGACGUUAGGUAGUUUUAUAAUAGUUUAGUUUACCAGCUUCGUCUUCAGUCCUCCACAGACUGUGAGCGUUAGCCGCCAGCUAGCCGCUAACUGUGCUAGCAGGAACAUGUGAGGGGGCUGCGCCGCUGUCACAGAGGUGAGGGUCACUUGAGUAACUCCUGACACCAUGGCUGGGCGGGUCGGACAAAAGCCAGCAGUUUAACAACCCGUGUAAACGACUCGUUUCUAACCGUACGAUGUAAACUAACCGGGAUUACCUAAACACCUACCGCUGCUUCUGAAGUGUCCUGUUAUCUGUUUACCUUUGAACCUGCCCCUGUUAGCACUUGACAGUGUUUGGCAGCGGGUGUAUCCACCUUAUCCGGACUUCUUCAACUUCACCUUUAGCCCCGAGCCGUGAUUUAACCAUGACAUCAACGUGAGCUCCACCCGGGUAUGAUCAGCGGUCACCGGACGGAGCGCGAUGAAGCCCCCGGGCAGCACCUCCACCGCCACCGGCUUCUUCAACUUCUCCUACGCGGGGGAGGGAGCCAUGGAUCCCUCGGGUCUCUCCGCCGGCACCAUGUCUAUCGAGAAGCUCUUCCCGGCUCUGCUGCAGUGCUUCGGGAUCAUCCUGUGCGGAUACAUCGCGGGGAGGGCGAACAUCAUCACCUCCACCCAGGCGAAAGGUCUCGGCAACUUCGUGUCCAAGUUCGCCCUCCCGGCGCUGCUCUUCAAGAACAUGGUGCUGCUGGACUUCGGGAACGUCAUCUGGUCGUUUCUCUGGAGCAUCCUCGUCGCCAAGGUGUCCGUGUUCCUGCUGGUGUGUGUCCUCACGCUGAUCGUGGCCAGUCCCGAGAGUCGCUACAGUAAAGCUGGGCUCUUCUCCAUAUUCGCCACACAGAGCAAUGACUUUGCUUUGGGAUUUCCUAUAGUUGAAGCCCUGUACCAGAACACCUACCCAGAGUACCUGCAGUACAUCUACCUGGUUGCCCCCGUGUCCUUGAUGCUUCUGAAUCCCAUCGGCUUUGCCUUCUGUGAGAUCCAGAAGUGGAAGGAUCAGGGAAACCACCAGCAGAGCAAACUUAAGAUAGUGGGACUUGUGGUUUGGCAGGUCUUAAAGAACCCCAUAGUAUUCAUGGUUGUCAUCGGCAUUGUCGCCCACUUUGUCCUGCACCAGACAAUUCCUGCCUUCAUGGUUAACUUCCUGGACGGCUUGGCCAACGCUUUCGGGGGAGCGGCCUUGUUCUACUUGGGUCUGUCCAUGGUGGGCCAACUGGGAAAACUCACCAGAUCCACAGUUGUUACACUGAUAUUGCUCAUCACCGCAAAACUGUUGCUAAUGCCCCUGAUUUGCAAGGAGAUGGUGGAACUGUUGGACACCAGCAACGCCAGCUCGUUGAACCACUCCAGCCUCUCCAAUUAUGCCUUUCUUUAUGGAGUGUUUCCCACUGCACCCAGUGUGGCUAUCUAUGCUGUCUAUUAUAACGCUGAGCUGGAAGUUGUAACCUCUGGGAUGGUGAUCAGCACUUUUCUCUCAGCGCCGAUAAUGUACGCGUCUGCCUGGCUGCUCACGAUGCAAAGGAUGGAUCCUCAGGUUCUGAUGAAUUCACUGCAGAGUGUCAGCUUUGACAUAAGCAUAGUGAGCUUAGUUUUACUGGUGUGGACUAUUGCCGUCAUGUUUUUAAGUAAGAAAUCGAGAAGGCUACCUCACAUUUUCACAGUCAACCUUUUCGUCGCACAAUUUCUAACUUGUAUCGGGAUGAUCCUGUGGAACUUUGUGGUGAAGGAAAACAACUUCACUGGCCAGUUCCUGACUUUCACAUUAUUAUCUACUUCACUCUACAGUACCUAUGUGUGGCCAGGUUUAAUAGCGCUCUCACUCGUGCUCAUGAGAAGCUCAGAGGAUCUGAAAGUUCCAUCAGGUGUUUUGGUUAUCGCGGGCUGGGGGAUUCCAGCCUUAGUAACUGCUGGGUUGCUCAUUUCUGGGGCAGAAAUAUCCUACCCGAUUGACUCAUCAUUCUUUUAUGGCAGACCACAGAUAAUCUGCACCAUAGUGGUAGCUUCCCUUAGCAUACUGCUGGGAGGCAGCUCGCUUGUUUGUCUCAGUCGAGGAAGCUGGGCCCAGAAUGACCAAAUCCUGGAGGGAAACUCUUCGUCCGAUUUUGCAGAGGAUCUUGUGAUGGAAGUUGAACCAGAGAAUCAGACUCCUUUUGAGCCGGUCACCUCGUCAGGAGAUCUCAACAGCAACUCCGCAUGCCUCAUAUGUGACUGUGCACCGCCCCAGCCGAUGCCUGACAUGAUCAGCAGCACAAAUAUGAACAACACACCAGUCAACCUAACAGCUCGGUGUGAGAACAGGUGCGUAUCCACCGACUGCCUGCUCGUCCAAGUGGAGGAGCUCCAACAGGUCGCAGACAGACAGGUGGCCCGUCAUGUGCUCUUGUGUCUGCUGCUGACUGUCAGCCUGUUUGCUAACUUGUCCAGCUGCCUGUGGUUGCUCUUUAACCGUGUUCCUGGUAGACUCUACUUGGAACUGCAGUUCUUCUGUGCUGUGGCCAACUAUGGACAGGGUUUCCUCUCCUUUGCUCUAUUUGGGCUGGACAAACAUUUGAUUAUAUUACCAUUUAAAAAGAGGUUAUAUAAACUGUGGUAUGGAAGGAAGCGAGAGGAGCCGCUGCUGACAGAUUUACCUGAGGAAGUCAGGAUGACCUGCACCAAGUUCACCAAGUACCACAAGGACCAGUGUUGUCAUGACAUUGUUAAAAAGAGAAGGUGUGGGAAGAGGGCUGUCGUUGACUGUUUUCUCGGGUAUGAACUGGUGGAGUGGCUUCAGCAGGUCGGCUUGGCUCAGGACCGUGGCGAGGCGGGGCUCUACGGGAGGCAGCUACAGCAGGGCGGCGUGCUCCAGCACAUCAGGCAGGAAUACGACUUCCAAGACAGCCCACUGCACUACCGCUUCAUAACAUAAGACAAAAAUAUUCAGGGUUGACAGUUCUUUUAUCUCAAACUUCUGAUCAUAGAAGUGAGGUGGAGGAAUGACACUGAGUCCACACUGAAAAGUCAGCUUGCAGUGCUGGUCUGCAGCCAACAGCACAGUGGAGUGUUGAAACAGACAACAGAUUGUGAUCUUUGGUGUCACAUGAGUGCAGCGUGCGUGAAACUGAAGGGCCAAGCCACUAUGCAUUACCUGAAGUUGGUUUUAAAGGGAACCACAAAUUAAAGGUUCAGUGAAACGGAAUUAGUUGCAUCUUAACGCGUGACAUAAAACAUGAAAGGGCCACCUUUAAACGAAAGGUUGAAAAACCUUACUUCCGCAGUUUAACAUUUAACCCUAAAGUUAAUUUGUGAAAUAUGGAAUUGCAGCACUGUUGUCAAUCAGGGCAUAUUUUAGUUGAAACUGGGAGGAACAGUAGUGGCAGUUAAAAUCACUUGUGUGGAAAAACUAGAGCUCUAGUUUAAUAUAGGAAGUCGGUCUUUAAAUUCUAACAAAUCUCUGGAACAGAACAGAUGCUCCUCAGAUUCUCAAAUUUUCAGUUCUGCAGUUUCUCUUACAACUAACAUUCUCUCUUCACUGGUUGAUCAUUUACAUGUCUUGUGUUCCUGACUCUUGAAGUGAUGUCACUUCAGCCUUUAAACUGCAGUAAUGUUUUUUUAGUGAAAUUUUUACGUAACUAACUACAAGACUACUAGACUCAAGGUGAUUGCACUUAAUAAGCAUAUUUUCAAGAUAAACAUUUCUAAUCCUUUCGGGGGGAACAAGACUAGAAUAUUUGUUAUGUAGUAAGUACACUGGAAUUUACAGUGCUCAUAUUUUAUGGCAUUAUGUGAGAAGUAAUCCACAGGGGGGUGCAGGUAAAAACUCCUGAAUCAGUAUUUCCUCUAUGGAUACACCUUUUUAUUUUUGCUUUCCUACCAAAGAUACUCGCCAAAGGAAAAAAUGGAAAGAUGUGGUUUUUAUAAUUAUAUUUCAUAUUUAUAGUUUUUUCUAGUCAGUUUAAUGUAUGAUUAACUUUAGUUUCCCCAGUUAUUCUUUAAUUGGUAAUGUAUGAUUAAUCACAAAUAAUGUUGCUUUGCUCACCUGCAGCUUAGCAUGACUCUGCACUGAUAUAAAACAGGGAUUGUGUGUGAGCAGUGCACAGUCACACACAGUUCCAAAAAACAAGCAACCACUUUUAACAACAAAAUAAAUAUCCUCUGUAUUUCCAUUGCCUUGUUAUAUCCGUUAAAAGUUUUAAUAACAUGCGCAAACAAUAUUUCAAGAAAUUACAAAGGCCAUUAUCAUUAUUACAUGGACUUUAUGAACCUGGGAAGCUCAGGAAAGUUGCUUUAGUAGGAGCUGCUAUAAUUCAAAGUUUCACUCAGGUACAUAUAUAUAUUUUUUAAUGCAGUUAGAAACUUGUUUUUAUUGUUUAAGUGUAACUAUUUGAGUUUAUUUCUAACUCAAUCAAACAUGUUGGUCUUUUAAUAAAAAAAUAUUUAAUUUACUGUUCACCACAAAAUGUCUGUCAAAGGCUGUAUGUUUGAGAUUUUGAUUUAUUUAAAAAUAAAGUUUACAACUGAACCCUAAAA